UUAGGUUUCCCGCAAUUCAUUCGAGGCAUUUACUGUAUUGUGUUUGGCGUCGUUGUGUUUUUGUUUGAAUUUCGAUUACCAUCCAUCAUCACGCAGCACGCUUCCUUCCUCUUUUCUUUUAUCGGCCGCGGAAUCUGUACCAUUGGAUGUAUUAUUCUAAACUACCUACCAUUGGCAAUCGCAUCUGGCGUCAUUGUGGCCGUGUUCGGUGUAGCGUACGUUAUACUACAAUUCAUCCCAGGCAUCGAGGCGCCUAGUAAUAUGAAGCGCCAAGCACUUGACGAUUCCAUGGAUGGCGGAGGAGGAUCAUCCGGAGGCCGAGCCGCUCAAUGGGCCGCAGCCAAUGAUCAGCCUUAUGGCUCACCUACGAAUUAUGGCCCAAGCGCAGCCGACACAGGAUAUACUGCCAACGUGAGCCAUAACAGUACUAGCGUUGUAUAA